UUUUGGAAAAUAAAAGCUAAAAGUUCUGCGGGGAAGUCGAACCAAACUCCUCUAAAGCUGCAUUGCAAACCCUGAAAAGCUGCAGAUGGUGAUAACAGGAAAAACCUGAUGCGAAUCUCUGCGCGAAUCCAUUUCUACUGACUGAAGAAACAGAAUAUUUUUGGUUAGUAGCUAAUGAUGUUAGGUUUUUCAUGUUCAAGAUUAGCGUUGAGAAAAACUAGUAAUACCAUUCCACUUUUAAUCUCAAAUGUUCAACUGGGUAUUCUCCAUUUUCAAUCAUUACUAUCACUUACAUCUUUGUCAUCACAAAAUUUGAAUGGCAAGUCAUUUACAGUGUCAUAUCUGAUAAAUUCAUGUGGUUUGACCCCACAUUCUGCCGACUCUGUUUUCAAGAAAGUUAGGUUUGAAUCCCCUGAAAAACCAGAUACAGUGCUUGCCUUUCUCAAGAAUCAUGGAUUCACCAGCACCCAUAUCUCUAAAAUUGUUAGGCAACGCCCAAAAGUUCUUUUAGCUCACCCAGAAACCUUACUUUUGCCCAAUAUUGAGUUCUUACGUUCUGUAGGAGUUUCAAGUUCUGAUCUUUCCUUAAUUGUUUCGAGGAACCCGGAAAUUUUGUUUCGAAGCUUAGAUAAAUACCUUGUCCCGCGUUAUGAGAUUCUCAAAAGUGUGCUAGUUUGUAAUGAGAAAGUGAUUAAGUCUUUGAAGCACAUGUCAGUGUUAUCUAUGAAGUUGUUGCUCAAGAAUUUUGAUGUUAAUUUGUCACUUUUAAGACAGAUUGGAGUAUCUCAAUCUUCUAUUGAUGUGUUGGUUAUGAAUUAUCCCUUUGUUAUGUGCGUGAAAGCGGAUAAGUUUGGUGAUUUGGUUCAGAAGGUUAUGGAUAUGAGAUUUGAAUCUUCAAAGGUUACAUUUGUUAGGGCACUCCAUGUGUUCUUUCAAAUGACCGACGAAUUAUGGGUGCGUAGGAUGGAGGUUUAUAAGAAGUGGGGUUUCUCCGAAGAUGAGAUUUUUUCGAUGUUUAGAAAGAAUCCCACUUUUAUGAUUAGGUCGGGUGAGAAAGUAAUAAGCAUAUUGAAUUUUCUUGUUUGCCGGAUGGGUUGGCAGAUUGCUGAUGUUGUAAGUGUUCCGGUUGUUCUUAGUUGUAGUUUGGAGGGGAGGAUUAUUCCUAGAUGUUUUGUUGCUAGGGUCCUGCUUUUAAAGGGUUUGAUUAGUAAGGCAGAUGUUAGUUUAUUCUCAUUGUUGAUGCCUUCUGAUGAGCACUUCUUGGAAUGGUUUGUGAUCAAGCAUCAAGAACAUGUGCCUCAACUAUCAGAUCUCUUUCAUGCAAAAAUUGGUCUUGAAGAACUAGGAUUUGGCUUUGAUGAGAAACUUGGGAUUAUGAGUCGUGAGAGUUUAUAGUUGGAUGGGGUGGCAGAUUGCUGAUGCUGUUAGUGUUGCGGCUAUUUUUAGGGGUAGUUUGGAGAAAAGGAUUAUACCUAGAUGCUCAGUUGUAAGAAAUUUUGCAGCUAAAAGGUCUGUUUAACGCAUUUGUCGGAGUUGAUACCUUCGACGAGCUCUUCUUGAAUAGGUUCAUGAUCAAGUAUCAGGAAGAGGUGCCUCAAUUAUUAGAUCACUUUCAUAAAGUUAGUCUUGAAGAAUUAGGCUUUGGCUUUGAUGAGAAAUUUGGGUUCUGGGCCAUGAGGAUUUUGUUGAUGAUUCUUCCGUAUCCUAAUGGAUACAUUGGUUUCUUCUGUUCUCUAACAGAACGAAAGACCAAGACUGCUCAACCAAGCAAAGCUGAGAAUAAGUUUGAUGACGAGGACGUCUCCGAUGACGAUAAAGAUGAUUCUGAUGACGAGGAUGAACCCGGAAAGGUAUAUUUCUACGAACUAGAGUAGUUGAUUUUAUUGCUCCUUCUGUUACCAUCACAUUAAAAUCGGCAAGGACAUAAGCAGUGAUUUCUUCCAUGAUUCAUAUAGCCAUUCCUUUUGUGUUAUUAUCUGGAAACUUUCAAUUAUAAACUGAUUCCCAACGUAAAUUUUAUUGAUGUUAGAUCCUUAAGUUGAGCCUAUGAGCAUGUGUAGUACGGAAACGGAUUUAAAUCGGGCUCGGCUUAUCGAACCUGCCCAUGCCGAUCCAUGAUGAGGGCUACCGUGACACUUCGCUAGGGAUAUGGAAAAAGACUAUCCCCAGUUAGCUAUGGUUGUUAUCUCCAGUUCGCUAUACUUUGUUAGAUGUUUUGUUGGGUUGAUGAGACGAUGAGUUUGAAUGUAUUUGUUAAUGUCUAAACAUUAUCCCAUUGCUCUCGUCUCUCAUUUCAUUAUAACUCAUUAGUCCUAUCAUUACAUUUGUUCUC